CUUUCUACGUGUCCGACUCCGCUGAACGUGGGACACCGCUUCUUGUGUGCAACUCCUAUCUCGCAGCCGUCGACGCAAUCCGCUGGCCCCAAUAUUAUGUACAAGUAUAAGACCUGGAAGUUUGGGGGCUCGGGACCUGGCCCCAGACCCAGUAAGGUCUCUCUCUCACUACGUCUCUUGGAGCUCUAAUUACCAGACUAUUGGCUCUUGUGUCCCACGCAGCGUCGUAACCGGUCUUUGCCACCCCCAUCCCCCCUGCCAGUUUACGUCAGUCUCAAAGCUACCUACCCACUGUCACCAUGGCUCCACAAAAACUCAAGAUCGCCUGUGCCGGCCUCGGACGCAUGGGCGCUCGCCAUGCCUUGAAUCUCCUCAGCCGAACUCCCCGUGCCGAGCUCGUGGCAACGUUCACGCCAGACGCAAAGGAGGUGGACUGGGCUCGUCGCGAGCUUGAGCCGUCGGGCGUCACCAUCUACACCAACUAUGACGAGAUGCUCAAGCACCCAGGACUGCAGGCCGUCCUCAUUGCCACCGUGACGACGGCACACGCCGAGGAGGCCAUCAAGGCCAUCAAUGCCGACAAGCAUGUGCUGUGCGAGAAGCCGCUGAGCACGAGUGUGGAAGUUUCCCAAUCCGUCGUCGACGCCGCCAACAGGAAGCCCCACCUCAAAGUCAUGUGCGGCUUCUCCCGGCGCUUCGACGCCUCAUACAGGGACGCGCACGACCGCAUGGAAGCCGGUUCCAUCGGGCGCCCCUCGGUGUUCCGGUCGCAGACGUGCGACCGGCUGGACAAGACAGGAUUCUUCGUGGCGUACGCCGAGUUCAGCGGCGGCAUCUUCGUCGACUGCAACAUCCACGACAUCGACCUGGCGCUGUGGUUUCUGGGGCAGGACUCGGUGGUCAAAAGCGUCGCCGCCGCGGGGGUGUGCGCCGUGCAGCCCGAGCUGCGCCGGCACGCCGACGUGGACAACGGCGUGGGCGUCGUCGAGUUCUGGGGCGGCAAGCUUGCCUAUUUCUACUCGUCGCGCAUGAUGGCUGCUGGGCAGCACGAUAUGACGGAGAUCGUCGGCACCGAGGGGAAGUUGGUUGUCAAUGGCAACCCGACUGGGUCGCUGGUGGAGAUGCAUGAGCCGACGGGUGUGCGUCGCGAGAUCCCGCAUGACUACUGGGGUCGCUUCCAGGACGCCUUUGUCACCGAGGCCAACGAGUUUACUGCCGCGUGCCUGGAUGGAACUAAGCUGCCGCUCAAGUUGUCGGGCGCUGUGCAGGCCGUCCAGAUCGGCCGUGCCUUGCAGGAGAGCUUGAACUCGGGUCAGAAGAUCUACUUCGAUGAGACUGGGCGCCGUAUUGAGCAGGCCAGAUUGUAGAGCUAACAAGGCUCCCAUGGGUGGAUUCAGGCAUUUAGG